CGCUCCAAAGCGCGAUGCAGUGGGUGCAACUUGGAGCUGGCAUACGAAAUCACCCAGCAACUUCGAGAUGGCUCCCACCAAGGAUACUGUCAAAGUCGCAAGCGACUUUGAAAAAAUCAUUCAGGACGGUCGCGCCAGAAAGAAGAACGAGGCGCUCGCUGCCAAAAUCUUUAGUACAGGUCGUCGCUCGAGCACUUCCGGUUCGAAUGGCAGUGCUCCCAAGGUCGCCGCACCUGGCGGGACUCUCGCCAGCCGUGCUGGUGUGAAGAAGCAACCUCCCAAGGGCCCCCGGCAUAGUACCGGCAACAUCAACGGUGAAUGGACUCACGAUCUCCACACCCAACCUCCGAAAGGGCCCAAGGCCAUGAACGGCAAUACCUCCUCUCUCGCCACCCGCAUCACGAACCCCAAUGCGCCCCCAUCACACGCACCCACCGGCCCCCGUGCGAAACGUCGCGCCGCGCAGAUAGCGAAUGGCUUGGAAAGAUCGGGAUUUCAGGUCCAGCCACCCUCAGGCCCCAAGCCACCCUCAGGUCCCAAGCAAAAGCAGAAGCCGAUUCCCACUGGUCCCUCUGCCAACAACAACGCAUUCAACAAAGGCCUCAGCAUCCGUGGUCUUGCUGGGCCCUAUGUCGUCAUGGCCCAAAACUUCGCCCCAGGCACUACCGCGGCCGAUAUCGAGUCUGCCAUGACCCCUGUUGGUGGAAUUAUUACAUCGUGCCGGAUACUCAAACAGAGCCCGAUCGUCAUCGCCGAAAUCAUCUUCGAAAGCAAGGAGGGUGCCGAUAAUGCUAUUGCCAUGUUCGACAAACAAACAGCCGAUGGGAGGGUUCUGAGCGUUUACCACAAAGUGCCGAAUGUUCGCGCCCCUCACACCAGCAGUCAGAAUAACCGAAACAGCGGUUACGAUGAGGACGAUAGCGUUGUCGACGGUAGGUGGGGGUUUGAAGAGCCCAUGCAGGUUGACUCUAAUGGAUCAUCCUCUGGUGGCAACGGCAAGCCACCUCCUACUGGACCGAGCCUGUACUCUGAUAGCUUGGUUAGUAAGGCCAACACCAACCGAUGGGGCAGGGGUUUCAGAAGAUGAAUAAACCCGAGAGAAGGAGCAGCAAAAACGCGAGGAUCUGUAUCAUAUGUUUAGCCGACCUCCCCCGACAUCACAUGGCAACGCCAUCUUCCUCUCCAAUUAUUGCUACGAGUGACGAGUUGGAGGUUGAUAUUCCUUGGCCAGUCUUCUCAGGGGCGGACAAGGCUGGCAUCAUGAGGGGCAGAGGAUGGGUUGGGAGGGAGUUUUGGCUUUAUAAGACCUACGAUGGGACAAAUAGUCGCAAAGACUGUCCCUGCAAAGCAUGCAACGAAGCAGAGCAAGCGCGAGGAUUUAUUCAUGGCUAUGCAACAGUCACAAAGGAUAUGGGGGUAUAACAUGGGAUGAGGGCAUUGGGACAAGGAGGAAAAAGAAGGGGACUGGCAUGGCGUUGGAGGGCGUUUUUCUGCUUUUUCUUUCUGCUGGUAACCCCUCUGC